AUGGCAGAUUAUGCAUCACAGACCGUUGCCCAAUUGAAGGAGAUUUUGAAAGAAAGAGGCCUCAGCACUGAGGGUAAAAAAGCGGAUUUAGUCGCAAGGUUAACAGAGUCGGAUAGUGGAAACACUGGGGAGGGGACUACCACCACAGCAACUGUCGAAGCAGCAGCUCCGGUUACGCAGGCCACGGUAGCUACUGAAACUGGACAAAGCGGAGGAGCCAAUGAAACUACGGAGAACAAUGACCAAGCAGAUACCACAAGAGCCACAACCACUGACACCACUGACACCACUGACACUACUACCGCAACUGAAGCCAAGGAAGAAAAAGAGGCACCAAAAGUAUUAACCCCAGAAGAAAGGAAAACAUUGGCGGUUGAAUUGUUGAAUAAAAAGAUAGCUAGAGCUGAAAAAUUUGGGGAUGAAGCUGCUGCUGAACAAGCACGCAAGGAUUUGAAUCGUGUUUCGAAAUUUGGUGUUGAAUUGGGCACUUCAUUGGCUAGAGAGAUUGGAUUGGUUGAUAAUAAGUUGGGCGAGAAAAAGAAUCAUGGACGUUUUAGAGGUAAGAAAUUUGGUGGCAAGCACCAUCAUCGUGGAUUCAAAAAGAACAAUCGUAGGAAUUAA